UCCUCGGCAGCAACAAAAACCCUUUCUGUCUUGGUCUCGGCUCCAAAAGCACGGGGAAAUGGCUUCUUCUGCACCGCCGGCGCCGGCCGAGAGACCGCACGCCGUGUGCCUGCCGGCGGCCGCGCAGGGGCACAUCAUCCCGAUGCUCGACGUGGCCAAGAUGCUCCACGCCCGCGGCUUCCACGUCACCUUCGUCAACACCGAGUACAACCACGCCCGCCUCGUUCGCUCCCGCGGCCCCGCCGCGGUGGCCGGCGUCCCGGGCUUCCGCUUCGCCACCAUCCCGGACGGCCUGCCGCCGUCUGACGACGACGUCACGCAGGACGUCGCGUCGCUGUGCGAGUCCACCACGGAGACCUGCCUCGGGCCCUUCCGCCGCCUCCUCGUGGACCUCAACGCAGGCGGCCCGCCCGUGACCUGCGUCGUCUCCGACGUCGUCAUGGACUUCUCCAUGGAGGCGGCCAGGGAGCUCGGCCUCCCCUACGUCCAGCUGUGGACGGCCAGCGCCAUCAGCUUCCUCGGCUUCCGCCACUACCGCCUCCUCUUCGCCCGCGGCCUCGCGCCGAUCAAAGACGUCGAACAGCUUACGGACGAGUACCUUGACACGCCGGUGGAGGACGUGCCAGGCCUGAGGAACAUGAGGUUCAGGGACUUCCCGAGCUUCAUACGCAGCCCGGCACCGGACGACUACAUGCUGCAUUUCGCGCUCCGUAUAACGGAGCGCGCGGCCGGCGCGUCAGCCGUGAUCGUCAACACCUUCGGCGACCUCGAGGGCGAGGCAGUGGCGGCCAUGGAGGCGCUCGGCCUGCCCAAGGUCUACACCAUCGGCCCGGUCUCGCUGCUGGCGCCGCUCAAGGGUCCAAGUUCCACCAUCAGCAUGAGCCUCUGGAAGCCGGAGGAGGAGUGCCUCCCGUGGCUCGACGACAAGGACGCCGGCUCCGUCGUGUACGUCAACUUCGGAAGCAUCACCGUCAUGACCAACGAGCAGCUGGUGGAGUUCGCGUGGGGGCUCGCCAAGAGCGGCAGGCACUUCCUCUGGGUCAUCCGCCCGGACCUCGUCAAGGGCGACACCGCCGUGCUUCCGCCGGAGUUCUCGGACGAGACGGCGGGGCGCGGGCUGGUGGCCUCCUGGUGCCCGCAGCAGGAGGUGCUGCGCCACCCGGCCGUGGGCGCGUUCCUGACGCACAGCGGCUGGAACUCGACGCUGGAGAGCAUGUGCGGCGGCGUGCCCGUCAUCAGCUGGCCGUUCUUCGCGGACCAGCAGACCAACUGCCGGUACCAGUGCACCGAAUGGGGCGUCGGCAUGGAGAUCGACGGCAGCGUCCGGCGCGACGCCAUCACGGACCUCAUCACGGAGGUCAUGGACGGGGAGAAGGGGAAGGUGAUGAAGAAGAAGGCGCGGGAGUGGAGGGAGAAGGCACUCAAGGCGACCGAGCCCGGCGGUUCUUCUCGCCGCAACUUCGACGAGUUGAUCCGCGACGUGCUAGCUCCGUCUUUCCACGGCGAUCCUGCUAGCUAGCAGUAGCACCUGCCCUGCUCCAUCCAUGAUGUAUUUUAUUCACCGUCAGCUGAGAAAUUCGAAAACCAAAUGUGGGCGACUCUGUGCAAGCCGAUUUUUGUUCUGCCGUUGGAUUGUGAUUGAACGGUCCAACAGAACUUCAGCACAACCAAAAUCGACUUACACAGGUUUUGUUUUCAAUAGAUUUGAUUUUCUUCUUUCAAUCAAAA